CUGUAAUUGGCAAUUAUGGUUCAUGGACAACAUCAGAGUUUUGUCCCUCGCACGAGACUUGGAUUUGUUCAAUGCCUGGCUAUAAGUUCAUUUUCUCAAUCCUGGCAUUUUGGUUGCUGCAGAAUAAUUUCACUAUCUGCUUGUCAUUUUGCCCAGUCAUCCAUUCUGUCUCUCUUACGUGUGAAUUGGCACCAUUCCAGCGCUUGCCCUUUUGCCACAGAGCCAAAGCUUGUCGCCCGCCUUCAGCGGUAAACCAUGGGUUUCGACUCUUCAACUGGUCAACGAACCCAAUUGACCUCUAUUUUACUGACCUCGAUAUUUGCAAGAUUGUUCAGCACGAAAAAUUGACCCACGGGUAAACUCCAUUGUCAACGUAAUGCCCCUGCUGCGUAUAUAGAUCCGAACUUGGAGAUCGUCUCCAAGACAACGUGGCCGAGUGGUUAAGGCGAUGCCCUGCUAUCUCUUCUGA